CUCUUAUUCUUUCGUUUCCUCUGUUUAGAGAUCUUCAAUGGGGAGUUUGCAAGAGCAAAUUCCAUUUCUUAAAAUCGGUAGAAAGUUCGUUUAUGUUGAAACUCCUAUGAGGAUUAUAGGGAUUAUAUCUUCAUUGAUCUCCAUAGUAUUAAUGGUCACAUAUAAGCAAGUGUCAGUGUUUCUUGGUGUUGAAUUUGUUGCCAAGUAUUCUUACUCUCCUGCUUUCAAGUACUUUGUAGUGGCGAAUGGAGUUGCAUGUUUCUUCUCGGCCGUGUCGCUGUUUUUAGUUAAACCAUGUUCGAAAAAUCCAGAUCAAAACAAGUAUUUCAUCAUCUUCAUGACUGAUUUGGUGGCGACAGUGUUUUGUGCAACAGGAUGUGCAGCUGCAACAUCAUUCGGAUAUACUGCUCUUCACGGGAACGAACAUACGGGCUGGAUGAAAAUAUGUGAUCAGUUCAAGAAAUUCUGUCACAGAAGCAUUGAGUCUAUAGUUUUAGCCUACUUUGCAUCUCUGCUCUUCCUAUUUUUAACCAUCUGGUCUGCAUGGAAAUCGAGCAAAUUACAUGGAGUAAUUGAUUGCAAAUAAGUUAGAUUUGUAUGCUAUUACGUCUUCGAUUCUUAACUAUGUAAGAUGCUAAAUAAAAGAUUUUAGCGAAAAUCGGAAAGACAUUUCACGGCUGGAAUACCAUGUAUAUAUCUUCAGAAAUGGUAGUUCUAAUCUUUUACUUAUCA